GUGUAUGAGUGGGUGGUUGGGCGCCAAUGUUUUUGGCUCGUUCGGUUGGUCUACUACCACUCGGCUACUGUGUCACUGUUGCGCUGCUUCAACACUUCGCUGUGCCAAUGUAGAGGCACAUUUUCAUAACCACUUCCUGCUUUGCGACCAUCUCUGCUGCUGCUGCUGCUUCUUCUUCUUUUGCUGCUUCGUUGAAUAAAUACAACACUUUUGUAAGCCAUGACUUUUCGGACACGCUCUGUAUACACGCUCAGUUGGUAACGGGAUAUCGAAUAGAGUGCACGUGCAAAGCGGUUAAAUGCGCUUGAGGCGCGCGCGUCCUAUGACAAAUUUAUGGCUAUAUAUGUGUGUGUUUGUGUGUGAAAAUGGAAAAUAAGUGAUUUUGAGUUUGCUUUUUUAUAUGGUGAACAAAAAUUAGGCAAAUAGUGCACACACCAAAGAAAUUGAGCGCUACGGACAGCCCCUAAAAGCAUGCUUAUGCUGCUGCAGCGCGUUUACAUAGCACAGAACACUGCCUACAUAUAGGCGCAUAAAUAUUAUGAAACAUAACAAGGCAACGGAGUAUUUAUGCAGAUAAAUAGUUGAUUUGGCAGAAUCUCAGAGCAUUGCGGCUGCUGUGCAUUUCCUCGAAAGCCAGUCGCUAAAAAGAGCAUACAUCGCUUUUGGAUGACAGUUGAAGUAUCGAAUGAGCACAUGCAAACAAGUGAUACGCAGUAACAAUGGAUGGCGAACCGAUGUCAUUCACCACUCUGGCGCUGCUGCUGCUGUUGGUGAUAGCAUUCGUGAUGUUUGCCUGCCAUUGUUUGGGACCGCGUGCAAAUACUUGGAUGCGUUCGAAUAAGGAAGAGAAGAUAGGACUAUCGAAAAAUAAACUAUUUCAUGCGAAUGGUUACAUGAUACAUUCGGGUUCGGAAUUUUUGCUCAGCAAUAGCGGUAGCUUUAAACGUUUUGACACCAUCGACAAGGAUGACUACCGACAGUCGGGCCAACAGCCAACCCAGCAUGCAACCACACCGCUUUGGAACCUCGCUGGCGAGGCGGAGGUAGACGCCAACAUACCGCCACAACCGCUACGACCAGCACCUGCACCGGGCACACAGCCGCCCGCAAGUGCCGGACAUAUAAAGACAGUGACAUUUUCAUUUCAACAAAUCAAUGAGACUACGCCAAACCAUGAAACAGGCUCACAUGGACGCAGCAAUGGUGGAGAUACGCCAUUUAAGCGUUCUUCGAUGAAAUGUACGAACGCGGCCAUACCGAAACCGCUUGAUGCGCCCCCGCCGCCACGGCUGUCGGCUUCAUCGUCGGCAUUGAGCGCCAGCGCCAUACCACGACCGGUGGCCAAGAGGCAGGUUUCAUUGCAAAAUGUCGGUAAUGGUGCCGCGGUCAUGAGUGGACAAAUGGUGGAAGCAAUCACAACUCCAACUACAAUACAGGAAACUGAAGCUUUAUCCUCAACAACUACAACUACCACAACAACGACACAAGCAAACACAAAUGGCCAACACAAUCACAAUCAUCCGAAGACGUUAAAGCGUCGUAAUUCCAGCACAAAUCCCUUUCUAUGUGAAUCCGCUGAGAGCUUACCGGAAUCAAACACUGCCUUACAACAACAACAAUCAACACAAUGUUACACAAACGCAGGCAUGCAAAAUAUUGCCAACAACAAUAGCAACAAUAACAAUUUAAACGGGCACAUUAGCAACGGCUGCAGCGAGGCUCCAUCACCAACAACAACAACAACAAACAUAAAUGGCUCAUGUAAUCCCUUCUACAGCGAGUCAGCGCCUCGUGCAACAGACGCGAUAGCGGUUGACACCAACAACACAACCCCCGCAGCAUUAAGCGCGAAAUCACUACAACAACAAUUUCAAGAAUUUCGUAAUCGCUCAUUUUCCACCACUGAGGCGUCGGCGGAAGACUCCGAACUCAAGUCACUUUCAAGUGGACUGCGGCGACUAACACAAAACUCCACCAAUCCCUUCACCGGCUUCACGCAGCGUGUACAAAAGGGGCCACACAUGCUACAGAAAACCAUUUCCGAGGACUUUCUCUUCCGCAAACUCGGUGUGAACGCAGGUGCCGGCCAUAACGCGCCGACAACAGCGCAUGGCACACCGAACACGAGUGGCAAUGGCAAUACCACCUGGACCUUUGGCCGUUCAUUGUUGCGUCAAGAUUCCCUAAUGAGCCUUGGCCGACGCAAUAGCUCACAGUGUUCGCUCGAUUCGACCUGUGGUUCGAUGGAGGGCAUCAACUUGGAGCGGGCCAUCUCAUGUGACUCGGUGAACUCGGACACCUCAUCGGUGUUUGUGGGCGAGUUAGAUCAACCGUAUACACAGAUAACCGGCUACUUGUGUGUCGGCCUGCAAUAUGACAAAAAUUCCAUUAACGAUGAGGGUAUGGAGCUCACGGUUAUGGUGCUGGAGGCAAAGGGGCUAAUUUGUCCUUUUAACGUCGAGUCGUUAGACACUUUUGUGCGCAUUUAUCUUGUGCCAGACGAGGCAGCUGCAAUGCAGACGAAGGUUUUUAAAGACUCCGUCACGCCCAGCUACAAUGAAACAUUCAAUUUUUGGCUAAAGAAGCAACAAGGUCGCCACUCCCUGUGGUUUCAUUUGUAUCACAGUGGUGAUGCGCACACGCUAAUCGGCGAAGCAGAAAUGGAAAUCGGCGAAAUGCCACGCCCCGUCACCACAUGGAUACCGCUAACCGAUUCGCGAAAAUGCAAUGCGCAAUGGGGCGAACUAAUGUUCUCGCUGAGCUAUUUGCCAACAGCGGAACGCCUUACGAUUGUCGUGGUGAAGGCGAGGAAUUUAAAAACGGAAAUAAAGGAAGGUGGCAGCAAAGUGAUCGCACCGCAACAGGUGCAAAGCGUUUUCGUGAAGGUUUACCUUAUGAACAACGAGAAGAAGGUGCUGAAGAAACGUACUUCAGUCAAACGUCGCGAACGCAGCCCCAUCUUCAAUGAGUCGGUGAUUUUCAGUGUGCCACCAACUAGCCUCACCACCGUGCAGUUACGGCUCACCGUUUUCGGUGUGACCGAAGCUGAUGAUGGUGGACCACGUAUUACGCCGCUGGGUCAUGUGAUAGCGGGCGCCUGUACAACCGGUAAGGGAUUACGACAUUGGCAUCAAAUGCUCUCUUCGCUACGCAAGCCCGUAGCCAUGUGGCAUGUGCUGCGACGCGCCUCCUACCAACCGAUCUUUACGGGUGGUGCCGAAGCAGUCGUGGCAGCCAUGCAGAGCACAGCCUUACGUGCCAAGCGCAACAGUAUUAUCUAAUUAUUUUCAUAGGAACAAGGAUUUUUUUUUAUUGAGAAAAUGUUGUUGAAUGCAAGUAAACCCCACUUUCUUGCAGAACUCAAAUGCGUUAAGACUUUUCCUGUUACUCACAAGAGAAAACCGAAUGAGCAAGAUAAAAGCACUGUAGUUCGCCCUCUCCUCCUCUCUUUUUACGCGCACAAUUUGUCCAAUCAAACUGGUUGUCCUUAAAUGCAUACUUUUAGGCAUAUAACCCCAAAUAAGACUUGUACUUCAGUAUUUUAUAUUACUUUUCUAACUUUUUUAUACUUAAUAACGUCUUUUUACUCAGCGACUUGCCUAAUAAAUGAAGAAACAUACUCUUUCUCUCUGCCCCCUUUCUCACUCACUUCACUAAUAACUCUCUCUAUAUAUAUAUAGUAACUAAUAUGUAGUACAUAUGUGGUUUUCCGCACAAUAUUCCUACUAUGGAUCCAGCACUCAACCAAAAUAUAUACUCAUACCAUAUUUAUCAAGUAACCUACUAUCUAACUAUCACACCUAGUCCAAAGCGCAACUUAUACCUUAGGAUCGCAGCGAAUGUGAAUUCAAAAUAAAGUAUAUGGUAUUGCAUUGUAUUUACAUUUAUAUAUACAUAUAUACAUACAUAAAUAUAUAUUCGUAGCAAAUGCACUCGGGUUUGUAGCUAAACUAUGAAUAGAAAAAUCAAGCAAAAUAUAUUAUAUCAUACAAAAUGCUAAUGUAUUAAGAGACAAUGUGUAUGUAAAUGUGGCUAAGUACUCAAAAAAUAUUAAACAAGUAAUAAUAAUAGCGAAUAUACAUAUUUAUUACACUGUGCGACAAUUGAAGGCAGCGAACCUGUAUAUCCGUUGGAGAGCGGAAAAAGAACAUGGAACAAUUGUUACUUAGUCGAACUUCGUCACCCAGAUUAGCUUUAGUUUUAACCCUUGAAAUGACAAAAUUACUUCUGAGAAUGACGACUGGUCUUGAGAGCAAGCAAAGCUGUGAUCUACGGCUUUUCAAAAUGUAAAGAAAUCAAAAAAAUACGUUAACUUAGCUUUUUAUUUGUAUGGCGGCUAUGUGCUAGAGGUUUUCGUAAGUCCAUGUGAAAUAUUUCAGAACGAUAGCUCAAAAACUGAUAUGGAGAAGACUAAGCUGAGUCAGCUCAUCUCGCUGUUUAUUAAUAUAACUUAUACCCACUUCAGAGUAUACUACUGCGAUCAAAUUGAAUGGAGAAUUUCGUUAUAUAUUUAAAAUCAUUAUUUAUUCCUGCAAAUCUAUUUCAUCUCCUUAAAAGUAAUUCCCUUCCGUUGCAAUACACUUAUGCCAACGAAUUUUCCAGUCAUCAUUCCAGCACUUGGAAAAAUCUUCCGUCGUGAUGGCCAUCAGAGCCUUCUUCGAUUCAGCUUUUAUAUCCUCAAUUGAGUCAAAAUGGUGUCUUCGGAGUGGUCUUUGGAGUUUGUUGCACAGCCAGAAGUCAGAUGGGGCCAAAUCAGGCAAAUACGGUGGUUGUGGAACGAUAUUUGUUGAAUUUUUGGCGAAAAAAAAUAAAAAAUUUUGGCAAUGCAGUUUGAAAUGAUGCAUUAUCGUGGUGCAAAAACAAAACCACAAUUCUAGCAUCUUGAGACGAAUAGCUUCACGUAAACGGCGCAUAACGCUCAAAUAAUAUUCCUUGUUGACAGUUUACUCCGACCGAAGGAAUUUAUAAUGCGCCACACCACUAUAAUGAAGAAAACUGUCAACAUGAGCUUGAUUUUUGAGCGACUUUCACGUGGUUUUCUCGGUUUAGGCUCGCCUUUAGCACGAUAUUCACUCGAUAGAUCGGUUGUUUCGGAAACGUAAGCGUAGAUCCAAGCCUCAUUUCCAGUUAUGAUACAUUUCAUUACGUUUUGAUAGUCAGAAAGCACUGUUU